GUUUGCCGGGCGCGGUACCCCAACUCCCCGGCCAAAGAGAUCGCCGCGGCAGUGCACGGCGCCCGCUGCGGCUGCAACGUGGGGCCCAUCUACGAGACCUUCACGGAAGUGGAUUCGGUGUACUGCAACUACCCGUGCAAGAACUACUUGAACCCCAUUUGCGGGGGACUGCCCUCCUUUUGGAAUGUGUUUGUGCAGUACGACUUCCAGUCUUUCGCGUCUCAUGGGGCCUACGACCCAUGGCGGAAGAUCUGGCACGGCUGCCCGGUGCUGUGGUGCUUUUGGUUGUCCCGCGAUGCAGCCCUACCUGGGGAAAAUUUCACGCGGGGACUGGCCCAGAGCAAAUUGGCAGCGUUGAUUGGCGCAGGUAUACGGUGGUGGCAGUGA